CUGCUUUCUCUUCAGGUCGCUCCUCGGUGAAACAGGGAUUGGGGUGGGAGUUUCGAGCUUUUUCUACCCCCAGUGUGGAGUUGAAGCCGUCCCCGCGCCUCGCAUAGACACUCUGCAUAUCACAGGAUUUGGUCUCUCCUCUCCUCUCUCUUGUGCGGAGCUGCUGCAGGACUGGCUAUGGCCACCGCUACUUCCGGGAUCCGUCAUUUCAUUCGCCCACCGCUCAGCGCUGCGAACUGACUCUGUUUCUAUAAGCAAGCCAGCAGCCAACCUGCCAACACUCGCUGACACUCACUCAUCUCAGUCUCGCCAAGAUAGACGAAAUACCUACGGGGGAAAAGAAAAGGAGAGAUCCGAAUCGCACUCUCUUAAUUUCUACACCUUUUUUUCCUCUUCUUCUGCUUCUUCUUCUUCUUCUUUUUUUUUUGUUGCGGUGAUAAUAAAACAAGAUAGCGAUCUGGAGGCAUUAAAGGAGACGCGGACUUGCGGGAUGAAAACGGACUAAAAAAGAUUCGUCCUGCUCUUGAACAUCAUCACCAACCGUCAUUCAUUCAUUACCUUGACAACCUCUGGCUUUGAUUGACAGCUGGAGUGGCAAAAAGCCAUGAGACACGACAGUUUAGUUACAUGCAGGUUGUUGAUGGGCCGAUUGUAACCUUCACUUUGGCGCAUUUUUUUUCUUUUCUUUUUCUUUUUUUCGAGGAAAGAAGGAAAACAAGAAAAAAAUUGCUGCAAAAACUUCCCGAUGCGACGGUUUGAACUGAACCACACUGGCGAAUAGGAGAAUUCGCACAAAAAGUUGGUUGAAAGAGGGGAAUCUUGCCACUAAAUCACUUUCCGAUCUGGGAUAUUAAACAUAUACGGACAGAUUCGGGAGUUUAUUGGAGCGCAGCCUGAUGGCGCAAAGGGUAGGUUCAAAAUCUCUCUCCGCUUUACCUGCUCAGAUCGCAACCCCCUUUUCUAAGUCGGGAGCGCUGGCAAUUUCACAAAGUUUUCUUAUCAAAGCGGCUCUAUUUGACAUUUUCUGCUGCGCUUUCACUCUCCACGCGAAGUGACAGCCUCCACUUUUCCCAACAAGGCUCCACGAAGCAGUUUCACAGGAGACUCCGAACUGUUUCGCUGUUUUGCGCAGAGGGAGCAACCUAACUUUAUAAUGUUUCUGUACGAUGAGCUGGCCCAUUAUGGUGGGAUGGACGGAGUCCCGGCGUCCAUGUACGGGGACCCGCAUGCGCCCCGGCCGCUUCCCCAGGUCCACCACCUGAACCACGGACCGCCGCUCCACGCCAGCCAGCACUACGGAGCCCACGCUCCCCACCCUAACGUUAUGCCCACCAGCAUGGGCUCCGCUGUCAACGACGUUUUAAAGAGGGACAAAGAUCAAAUUUACGGUCACCCUUUAUUCCCACUGCUCGCACUGGUUUUCGAGAAGUGCGAGUUGGCGACGUGUACUCCGAGGGAGCCCGGCGUUGCGGGAGGCGACGUCUGCUCCUCGGACUCCUUCAACGAGGACAUCGCAGUCUUUGCCAAACAGGUCCGAGCAGAAAAGCCUUUAUUUUCAUCAAAUCCAGAGUUGGAUAAUUUGAUGAUACAAGCCAUACAAGUAUUACGGUUUCACCUCUUGGAGCUAGAAAAGGUGCAUGAGCUGUGCGACAAUUUUUGCCACCGAUACAUCAGCUGUUUGAAAGGAAAAAUGCCAAUAGAUCUAGUGAUUGAUGAGCGGGAUGGCAGCUCGAAGUCAGAUCACGAAGAACUUUCUGGAUCGUCGACUAAUCUCGCAGAUCACAACCCAGCUUCCUGGAGAGACCACGAUGACGCCACCUCCACACACUCAGCUGGCACACCGGGGCCCUCCAGCGGGGGACAUGCUUCACAGAGCGGUGACAACAGCAGUGAGCAAGGAGAUGGCUUAGACAACAGCGUUGCAUCGCCUGGCACAGGAGACGACGAUGAUCCAGACAAGGAUAAGAAGAGGCAGAAAAAGCGUGGCAUUUUCCCUAAGGUGGCCACAAACAUCAUGAGGGCGUGGCUGUUCCAGCACCUCACGCAUCCAUACCCCUCUGAAGAGCAGAAGAAGCAGCUAGCCCAAGACACGGGCCUCACCAUCUUACAAGUAAACAACUGGUUUAUUAACGCCAGAAGAAGAAUAGUACAACCCAUGAUCGACCAGUCAAAUCGAGCAGGUUUUCUUCUUGAUCCUUCAGUGAGCCAAGGAGCAGCAUACAGUCCAGAGGGCCAGCCAAUGGGCAGCUUCGUGCUGGAUGGUCAGCAACACAUGGGGAUCCGACCAGCUGGUCUGCCAGUCAUGCCAGGGGAGUACGUACCUCAGAGCAGUCCUAUGGGCAUGAGCAUGGGCCCACCCACCUACUCCAACCCUCAUCAGAUGCCUUCUCACCCGUCGCAGCUCAGACCCGGACCACCACCUCGCCAUGCGUACCUUACCGAUCAUCUCCACGCUCCCCACACCAUGCUGAUGCACGGAGGACCCUCGUUGCACCCAGGAAUGACCAUGUCUGCACAGAGACCCCAUUUGCUCUCACCCAUUGACCCCAGUACUGGAGGAUAUGGCCUGGACAUCCACGCCCAAUAGUAAAGGGACGAAAAUAGCAACUACGACAAGAAACACUUCCAAAAAUAAGUUUAAAAGGAGAGAAAAAGAGGAAAGCAGCCCACUAUAAAUCCUAUUUUGAGACUAUUUUUAAGAAUAAAAGUGAACCCUUUUGACCAGAAUUUGACACUAAAGAAGUAGAAUUCCAGACGAGCUGUGAUUCUUUUUUAAAAAAAAAUAUUGUCAAUUUUGUUACUUUCAUCCAAAAAAAUAAAAAAAUAAAAAUGGAGGACCAAGCUGACAAGAACACUUUGUAAAGUCUUGGGCUUUUGGUAAAGAUCAACGCGAAAUGUUUUGACAUAAAAAAAGGAAAAAAGAAAAAAAAAAAAACAUGUGAUGAACGGACAGACGCGCGUGAUGGAAAACACACACAGACACACUCUUUUUGGCACAUGCCAUGACACACAUAUUUUCAUGUGACACGCUCUUUCAAAAUGAGAAUAAUAUCACCCCACAGAAGUUGAAUAAAAACAAAAAAAGAGAAAGAAGCAGAAAGACUCCAAGAGUUAUAACUACUGUAGUAUAAAAAGUAUAGAUAAAUAAGUUAAAACUUGUGCAUUUUUUUGUUUUGUUUUGUUUUGUUUCGUUUUGUUGAUCACAUGUUUUAUGUUGCGCUAGUUUUAGAAUUAAAGGUUAACCUUUUUCUCUCUCUCACACUGUGUGUGCUCCUUCCUGGAGAAGAAACUCUCUCGCAGCACAACACUAAACAUGGAAAAAAAGAGGAAAAAAAAAAAAACAAUAAGAAGAUGGAACAUCUCAACAAAGCUUCAAACCACAGAGGGGCAAUCAGGUCCUCCCCCCCCUCGCUCUAAGAACAGGGCAUGAUGGGAAAAGGCUGCUAAAGGAUUCAGUUUGAACAUUUGUCAUGCCCCUCUCUGUCUUUUUUUUUCUUUUCUUUUGGUUCAUGGAUGAAUGUUUGCCCUGUAGGUUUUAAAGGAGAAAAAGGUUCGUUGUUUGACUUGCCCAAGCACUGGAUUGUGUUGGUUUUUGUACAUUUUUUUUUUAUUAUUAUUUCAAUUUUUUUUUUUUUUUUUUGUACCCUGGACUCUCAUUGGUUAAGAGCCUUUGGAAGGAAGCUUGAGAGCAACACUCUGCAGCGCUUCUUCAUGUGCCGGAUUGACACAAUUUUGCCAUAAGGACAAUAACUGACACAGAUGUUGAUUCUGUGGCACUGGAGAAGCAUUUGAUGGUUGAUGCACCAAAAAAACAUAAGCGGAAAAAGAGAAAAAAAAAAAAGAAGAAAAAAAAAACAAAAAAAAACAACAACACUUAAAUUAUGAACUCAAUGCUUUUGGGAGGAAAAAAAAAAGCGGAGAGAAUAUUGUAACAAACUUCGUACAGAGUUCAGUCUAUUAAUUGUUUCAUGUUAGAUAUUCUAUGUGUUUACCUCAAUUGAAAAAGAAUGUUUUUGCUAGUUUCAGAUCUGCUGUGGCAUUGAUAUUGUAUGUCCAUGAAUUCCUUCCUUUUUCAGCACGUGUUCCUCACUAGAUGAUAAGAUGCCGUCUCCCUUAAGCUUUGUCAGAAAUACAUUAAAUACUUGUAUGAGGACUGUGACGUAAUGUUUAAAAGGUGUUCAGUCACAAAUGCUGUAAUAAAUAUUUCAUUUUUUGGAUUUUUGUUAGAUUUUUUUGUGUUAUUAACUGUGUUGCAUACAAAGUCGUAAUUGACCUCCCCCUCCCACACUCCUACAUUUUGACAGAGCUCAGCUUGGUUGGUUAAUUAUUGUUGGGGUAUAUUGUUGCAUGUUAAAUUUAUUUUUGCACAUGGUUAUAAAAAUACAUCACUUUC